CACACAACCGCCGACGUCGCGCCCGCCGCUGUCCGCCCCGCCCAAGGUAACUUCUCUAUUCUCACCACAAAAUGCCAGGUGUACGUGAUAUCAGCGCGGAGGCGUUCAUCGCAGCGUACUCGUCCCACCUCAAGCGAUCGGGCAAGCUCGAGGUCCCCACAUGGGUUGACAUUGUCAAGACCGGCUCCUUCAAGGAGCUUGCGCCAUAUGACCCCGACUGGUACUACGUUCGCGCAGCCGCGAUUGCACGACACAUCUACCUCCGAAAGGAUGUCGGCAUCGGCGCCCUGACGAAGCUUCACGGUGGCCGUAACCGUCGCGGCAACCGUCCCUCGCACCACGCCGACUGCUCUGCAUCUGUCCAGCGCAAGAUCUGCCAGUCGCUCGAGAAGAUUGGUGUCCUUGAGCAGACCGACAACGGGGGUCGUCGGAUUAGCCAGGACGGCCAGCGGGAUCUUGACCGCAUUGCAACCGCUGUUGUGGAGGCUGAGCGGGAAGACGAGGACGAGGAAGAGGAGGCUGAGGAGGCUGAGGAGGAGGAGUAGACGCGACGCGGAUAGGAGCGUCGGCGAGCUCGGUUUGCCUCCCUCGCGGGGCGACUGGUGUAUGUAUUCCGCAUGAGCCUUUACAGCAUUAUCACGGGUAUGACACAUGCGACUUUUCCAAAAA